GCUAUGCAGUGCCUCUUGAAAGACAACGACUCGUCAGCGGAAUCAGAUCUGACUAUGGAACCAUGCAGGUUGUUACGGAUUGAGGGCUUCACAUGUUUCCGCGCCAUGUCUAGCGAACAACAAUCUUUGCUAAAGACAGGAGGUUUUGCAAUCCGCCUCUGUGCCAUUAUGGAACGACUUUCCAAUGUUCGAUGGCUCCAUUUCACAGACCAAGCGCCAGAGUGGUGGGACACCGAGCCCCUAGUACCAAUUGAGGAAGCGACGAUGCUCACUGAAGAUACCAAGCUGCUCAGAGUCUUGGCCUAUCCUUUACAUUGGGGUGGCCAAGCAACUUAUAGUUACGAGGACGAGGAUGAGGAACUCGUGUUUUGCCACGAUGUGGCCGACUCUUCAGCUGCAACAUUGCUCAGUGACAUUCCCAUUGCCCUUGCCCGGGCUGGUGUCGAGAUCCGUGGCCUAAAGAUAUCGUGUUUUCCAGUAUCCCAGGAUAUGCCACUGCCAAUUCCGGCACGCGGUGCGUUGGCGGGGACAGACGAGGAGCUUCGGUUAGCCUUUUCUUCACUGGAGCGGCUGGAAGUGAGGCCGCGUCGUGCAGAAGAUGGCAGGGCAAAGGAGUUUUUUUCUCGUCAGGAUUACAGCAUCUUGCAGAGUUACCUUGCGUGUUGCCAAUCGAACCCAAAACUUUCCAACAUUGAAAUCAGCUUGCCGAAUCCCUUCAAGUUGCAGAAUCUACAAUGA